GGUGAAUGGGCCGGUCUAUGUAAACGAGAUAAAGAUGGAAAAGCAAGAAAAGUUGUUGGAUGUAGUUGUGUAGUGGUAAAAGAUUUUGGAGAUGAUACACCAGCACAUGAUCAUUUACAAGAAUAUAUAAAGAAAAAUAAAAAUGCUGCGUAA